CUAGCAGCAUUUUUGGGUGAAAAAGCUAAGAAGAGCACAGAGCUCAAGGGCAGGAGUGAGCUGUGGUGCUGCGCUGGCCAUUAGCCAAGCCUCGGAGCUGCCAUAGCCAGAGCAUCAACAAUGAAUCCGCAAGUACAUUUUGGCUCCACACCAUAUAACAUCGGUACUGGGCUCAUCGUAGACGCGCGACGCCUAGGACGCCUUGGCAAUGGCAUCUUCGUGUACGACGACCGCGGCGAGCCCGAGAUGCUGGGUCGCACCGUGUGGCUGGAGGUCGCGUUCGGCUCGGGCUGGGCCUUGCACGCGCUCACUGCCAAAACUCUAGCCAACGAUACACCGCAAGGCGUGGUCUUGGCAAACAGCGGUCGUUCGAAGGAUUUGAAGCGCGAGUACUGCCGGCACCGCGUGGACGACUUCUACGAGAUUCCGCCCGGCGACCGCGUCGUCCGCGUCACCGGCCAUCACAUGGCCGGGUUGCCGGGGGACUACCUCUGCUUCGACAUCGACCUGCACCUCGCCUCCGGCCGCGUCAUCAGCGCGGCCGGUGACAACGGCGACUGGUGCGGCGAGGCGUUUGAGUACGUCUGUCCGCCGGGCCACGCGGUCUUAUAUCCCGUCUUCCGCGCCGGGAAGUGCGACGGCCUCCUAGUCAUGGAGACGUCGCUCUACGAGCCCUGGACGCCGCGAACGCAUCGCCUGCUGAAGGCGCCACCGGCGGCGCGCGCUAUUGUCGAGAGUUGCCAAGUCGCGAGAACGAAGGGGCUUCCCGCCGACGCCUGGUGCCACAUCCUCGGGUUCCUCCGCGGGUAUGAUCUUCUCGAGCCGGCCCUGUCGCGCACCUUCGGCGCGAGCCACUGGCACGAAGUCUCUUUGGAUAUCCACCUGCGGGUUACACCGACCGCUUCCAAUACUAAUGUGUAA